UACAUUGUGCUAUGAUUGAUAUCGUCUUGAGUGAAACAGUGGCAGCAACGUAUCUCUAUGCUGUGCGUCUGUAUGCAAACAGAGUCUCAUCUAUCUGUCUGUCUGUCUACCUCUGUGUCAGUGUGUCUGUCUGUGUGUCUAUCUGUCUAUCUCUGUGUGUGUGUAUCUGUCUGUCUGUCUAACAAUCUGUCUAUCUGUGUGUCUGUUUGUCUAUCUACCUGUCAGUGUAUCUAUCUAUCUGUGCGUCUGUCUACCUGUGUGUCUGUCUUUCUGUCUGUUUGUCUGUCUGUCUAUCUGUCUGUCUGUUUGUCUAUCUGUGUGUGUGUGUGUGUGUGUGUGUGUGUGUGUGUGUGUGUGUGUGUGUGUGUGUGUCUGUCUAUCUGUCUGUUUGUCUAUCUGUCUGUCUGUCCGUUUGUCUAUCUGUCUGCCUGUCUGUCUAUGUGUCUGUCUGUCUGUCUGUCUACGUGUCUGUCUGUCUGUCUGUCAAUGUGUCUGUCUGUCUGCCUGUCAAUGUGUCUGUCUGUCUGCCUGUCAAGGUGUCUGUCUGUCUGCCUGUCAAGGUGUCUGUCUGUCUGUCUGUCUACAUCUCUGUCUGUCUGUCUAUCUGUCUAUCUAUCUAUCUGUCUGUCUAUCUAUCUGUCUGUUUUUCUAUGUGUCUGUCUGUCUGUCUGUCUAUGUGUCUGUCUGUCUGUCUAUAUGUCUGUCUGUCUGUCUAUCUUUGUCUGUCCAUCUGUCUAUGUGUCUGUCUGUCUGUCUGUCUGUCAAUGUGUCUGUCUGUCUGCCUGUCAAGGUGUCUGUCUGUCUGUCUGUCUAUAUGUCUGUCUGUCUGUCUAUCUGUCUAUCUAUCUGUCUGUCUAUCUAUCUAUGUGUCUGUCUGUUUUUCUAUGUGUCUGUCUGUCUGUCUAUAUGUCUGUCUGUCUGUCUAUCUGUCUAUCUGUGUGUCUGUCUUUGUCUGUCGGUCUGUCCAUCUGUCUGUCUAUCUGUUCAUCUGUCCAUUAACAUUUC